AUGUAUCCAACAGGUUUCUACUCUAGUCCUUACAUGGUCACAGUUGGUGAUUUCAAUAAUGACAACCGAUCGGAUAUUGCAGUAGCGAAUUUCGGCACUAACAAUAUCGGCAUCUUUUAUGGAUUUGGAAAUGGAUCUUUCUCAAGUCAAAUAGAGUUUUCAACAGGCUCAUCUCGUCCGAUAGCAAUUAUUGCCUUUGAUUUCAACAAUGAUGCACUACUUGAUAUUGCCACCGCCAAUUACGGAACUCACAGUAUUAGUAUAUUUUAUGCCUAUGGCCAUGGAAAUUUUUCACCUCCAAUUACGUAUUCAACAGGUUAUAAUUCUCUUCCAUCUUCAUUAGCUGCUGGAGAUUUCAAUAACGACAACUAUGUAGACCUCGCCAUCGCUAAUUAUGGCACAAAUAAUGUUGGUGUACUUUUUGGAAAUAGCAACAGAACUUUUGAACAACAAAUCACGUUUUCAACUAGCGUUGGUUCUCAUCCGUACUCAAUCGCCGUCGGCCAUUUGAAUGCCGACAACUUUCUCGAUAUAGCUAUCGCGAACUCUGGAACUCAUCAAAUAAGUGUACUUAUCAACAACGGCAAUACAAGUUUCGCUAAUCAAGCUAUAUAUUCCAAUGAUUUUACGUCUCCAUACGCGAUUGGCGUUGGAGACUUCAACGAAGAUAAUCAAUUAGACAUUGCCAUCACUAAUAAUGGCAUUGAAAACAUAGGUAUACUUCUUGGAUAUGGAAACGCUAGUUUUAAGAAUCCAAUCAUGUAUCGAACUGGAUCCCAUUCUUCGAUUUCUAUUGCCAUAGGUGAUCUUAAUAAGGAUCAUCGAUUAGACAUCGUCGUCGUAAACAAUGAUACUGGUAGCAUAGAUAUUCUACUUGGUCAAUAUGAAGGUUUCUCAAAUCAAACAAACUAUCCAACUGGCCGUUAUCCAUAUCUGUAG